GAUAUAUUCAUUUCAAAAUUUUGAUGUUAUUUGAUUUCUGUAUUAUUCUGUAGCAUGCUUAUUAUUAUUUGACUGGAUAGCACUUUGGGAUAUCAAUUCUCAUAAAUUUAUUCAGGACUUCAACGUGAAUGAAACAUAUCAACAUUUCAUGUCUAAAUUUAUAAUCUCAUAUAUUCUAUUCUUUAGAUUUAUUUUUAUACUUUUUUCACUUUUAAAUCUGCAUCUGACAAAAGCAAAAAUCACAAUAAUUACAAUGGGAGUUUUUGAUCAAAUAUCGGAUCGAAUUUCAAGACGAUAUGGAGAAAUAUCGGCACUCGAUGAAUUCAGUUAUCACGUGCCAGAGCAUUGUGACAUGGGACACGCAAGACUAGAAAUAGACUGUUUUAAAAAGAAGAAAGAAUAUAGAAAAUCGAAAAUAAACAAUUUUCGUCGUCAUAAAAAUAGCCUCGAGAGUCUAAAAUCGGAAAGUGAUUCUGAAUGUCAUCACUCCACCACCCAAGAAAUCGACCUUUGUCUUGCAACGGUGCAUUACGAUCUAGGGGUUACUGGAAUAGUUGAAAAUAUUGACGAAAAAUUUUACCCGACACCUUACGAUAAUAAAAGUGAAUUAUUUAAAAGUACAUACGAGCAAUAUUGCGCUGCAAAUGAAAAAUGUAAUACAAUACUUAGUGGGACGAAAUGUACAACUGCGAAAGUUCUACUUUAUCCAGAAGAGGAAUGGGCGAAAAAUGCAAAGACAGUGCAAUGGACAAUAAAGUUGAACAGAUGGUGGAAGAGAUAUUGUACGGUGGUUGAAAGCUGCGCCGGUGGAACACAGACCCAUUCCGCGGUUGCAAGAAUCUCCCAAAAUCGCGACGGUACUUUGACAAUCACCGGUCGUUUUAAAAGACUAGACACUCCAGAUUUUAAACUUCAUUUAUCUGCCAGAAUUUCGCAAAGUGAUAUACAAAACGGUUAUUUAAUGACCGGAGCUUUACAACAAGGAGACAUAAAGCGAAGUAUUGGAAUGGAAAUCACCCAUUUUGCUGUUAUUCCGAAGCAUUUGGAUUGAAUUACGUACAGAGUUUUGCAUUAAUAGAAAGGUCUCAAUAAUUCAUCUACAAUACUGGUAAUUUCCUGAAACAUGUUUUAUCCAAGACCACGAAUUCUGAAGAACAAUCUGCACUUUCCGUAGUCAUCGUCACCACAUAUAUUAACCACACAAUAUUGAUCGAAAAUAUGUAUUGAGUGUUUUCUAAAAAGAACUGCAAAACAGUACUUUCAUUCUUAUUUUUCUUUAUGUGUUUAAGUUCCACUUAUUUCUUUAUUAAUAUUAUUCUUGUUUUCCGAUUUUCCGAUUAUCUGUGUUUUUUGUUCAUUAUAAUCUAUAACUGACAAAGUUGUGUGAUCCACGACCAAAAACCUAGAUUUAUAGCGCUGUAGAAUAGAAGAAUGAUCAUAUAAUAAGUUGAUAAUCUUAGUCUGAUGCAUAGACAGGCGAUUAAUGCGCCAAGUAGCAAUAUAUAUAGGCAGGUGGGUAGUAAGUCAUAAUAGCUGUAAACAUAGUCCAACCUGUAUAAACAAUAACGACCCACUUCUUAUUGAAGUCAUGAAAUUUAGACUUGUUUAAUCUGUAUUCUGUAGGAAUCAUAUUCAGACCGCAAAAUAAUAUUAUUGGUAAUCUGUUGCCACUAAAUUUAAUUAAGAUUAUAACAUUAUUAAUUAUACAAGUGUCACAAAAUAAAUACUUGAUCUUUCCUAAUGAUCCUACUUCGACUAGUGACAUUUCUGUUACGCGUUUAAGUUGUAGUCUAGUUGACUUGAAAUAUAGUCGACCAUACCUAUUGCACUAAUGUUUUUUUAUUUAUAUUCAUUUUUUUGUUGAAUCAAUUAUGUUGUUUUGCUUGAAUAAACAUUCCAAACUGCAA